GCAGGCGAGUAAACAUUCAGCCAGCCAGCCAGCCGGCCGGCCGGCCAGCCAGCCAGCACUCCGUCCGUACACUUGAAGCAAUUGUCGGACAGCUCAAGCAACGGUCUUUCGGUUCAAGUUCUUCUCUUCUCUCCGUCUGAUGUGGGCUGAUUCAGAACUGGGCCAUCAUGAUCCCAGUGAACCUUCAUUGGCCGACCAACUUAAUCCCAGCACUAUCAUGUCGGUGAACCCUCCGAGUAGCAAUGACGCCUGCCUCAGCAUCGUCCACAGCCUCAUGUGCCACCGGCAGGGCGGCGAGAACGAGGGCUUCGCUAAGCGGGCCAUCGAGAGCCUGGUCAAGAAGCUGAAAGAGAAGAAGGACGAGUUGGACUCGCUCAUCACUGCUAUCACCACCAACGGUGUCCAUCCCAGCAAGUGCGUCACCAUUCAGAGGACGCUCGAUGGACGACUACAGGUGGCAGGGAGGAAAGGAUUUCCUCAUGUGAUUUACGCACGGCUCUGGCGCUGGCCCGACCUCCAUAAAAAUGAACUCAAGCACGUCAAGUUCUGCCAGUACGCCUUUGACCUCAAGUACGACAACGUGUGCGUAAACCCCUAUCAUUACGAGAGGGUGGUUUCUCCAGGCAUUGUCGGUCUCAGUCUUCACAACGCAGUGCCGCCCGGUGGUCUGAUCAAAGAAGAGUACAUCCACGACUGUAUCCAAAUGGAUCUCCCGCCCGGUAUGCCGCUAUCGGAGCACCAAGCGGCGCUAAAGAUGCCUCCGCCCGAUCACUACGGCCAAGCCCUGCCUCCUCCGCAUCUGUCGUCCGAGCCUCACGGACCUCCGCCGGUCACCAGAUACACACAGCUGCCCGUCUCACCCAAAGUGUCAAACUCUGGCUCCAUGCUGCCACUCCAGGCCAGUAGCCAUGUUGAUGGCCGCCCCGGGACUGCUUCCCCACAGGUCCAAGUGAUGACACAUUCACCACGUUCCCCGACUCCAAAUCAGCAACAAGGUCCCCACCCACCUCAAGCUGCCCACCCACAGCAAUCUUCUCUACCUCCUCAAUCCCACGGACAGAACGGAUACAGCGGCGGCGGCGGCAAACAUUCUCAGAGCCAGGCUGCCUUCCACACGGUAUGGACAGGCAGCAGCACAGCCUCCUACACUCCCAUCGGACCCCCGCAAAAUGGACGUGCUCAUCAGCCAAGUCCCCUUCACCAUCCAAACCAACAUUGGUCUCAGCAUCACGCUUCGAGCUCUUUCCCUCCUUCCGUUUCCAACCAUCCAGUUGUUUAUUGUGUGCUAGGACCGGAGUUUUGGUGCUCCAUCUCCUAUUUUGAAAUGGACGUUCAGGUGGGCGAGAUGUUCAAGGUGCCGUCCAGCUGCCCCGUGGUGACGGUGGACGGUUACGUGGACCCGUCGGGCGGUGACCGCUUCUGUCUGGGCCAGCUGAGUAACGUUCAUCGCACGGAUGCCAGCGAGAGAGCCCGAUUACACAUUGGGAAAGGGGUGCAGCUGGAGUGUCGUGGCGAGGGCGACGUGUGGAUGCGCUGUAUGAGCGACCACGCCGUGUUCGUACAGAGCUACUAUCUGGACAGGGAGGCGGGCCGAGCGCCGGGCGACGCUGUGCACAAGAUAUACCCCGGAGCCUACAUCAAGGUGUUUGACCUCCGACAGUGCCACAGACAAAUGCAGCAGCAGGCGGCCACGGCUCAGGCCGCGGCCGCCGCGCAGGCGGCUGCCGUGGCGGGAAACAUCCCUGGACCGGGCAGCGUCGGAGGCAUAGCACCUGCAGUCAGUCUGUCGGCAGCAGCGGGGAUCGGCGUGGAUGACCUUCGGCGACUCUGCAUCUUGCGUCUGAGUUUCGUCAAGGGUUGGGGGCCCGACUAUCCCAGGCAGAGCAUCAAACACACGCCGUGCUGGGUCGAAGUCCACCUUCACCGGGCUUUGCAGCUUCUGGACGAGGUCUUGCAUACCAUGCCCUUAGCUGAUCCGGGGCCUGCUAACUGACACGUGGCUUCGUUGAAUGCGCUCGCUCACACAGAUCCAAUCCUUUUGCUUGAUACCAAAUAGAAAGGAAUUCCAACGAAACGACAAAAGACAGACUCAAACGACGCUUACAAUCGAUUUACACGACAACAUGCAUCGCAGCAUGACACCUCGAUUCCACUCAAACGGGUCCCGUGAUGUCGACAAAGACCGCAACACGAGAUGGUGUUUUAAAAAUGUGAUACACUCUACUGGGAAAAUGACAAUGCAGUUGCAGAUCGAUCUUAUUUUUAUGAAUGAAU